CUGUCUGUAUGUAUACACGCACGCCUCUCUUUAUUCCUUACUAGAGAUUCUUCCUAUAUUUCCGAUUCUAUCCAUAUUUUCCAAGGAAAAGUUCCAGCAAUCAAGAAGGGAAGUCAAGGAACGUGAUGGUGCUUGGUUUUGUUACAGCGUCAUUGGUCUUGGUGAUAUUAUUGUUCACAAUGUGUAAUGCAACAAUCCCGGCGAACUUCGUGUUCGGGGAUUCGCUGGUUGAUGUCGGGAACAAUAACUAUAUCGUCACCUUGUCGAGGGCUAAUUACGCACCCAAUGGCAUCGAUUUCGGAUCUCCCACCGGAAGAUUCACCAAUGGAAGAACAAUCGUCGAUAUAGUCUGCCGGGAGUUGGGGAACAAGAACCCACCCCCGCCGUACUUAGCACCAACUACAAGAGGCUCUGUGAUCCUCCGAGGUGUUAACUAUGCUUCCGGAGGCGGCGGAAUCCUCAACUCCACCGGCAAAUUAUUUGGCGGUCGGAUCAAUUUGGACGAGCAGUUAGACAACUUCGGGGUAACGAGAGGAGAAAUAAUAGCACACGUGGGGGAAAUGGAAGCAGCGAAACUGUUGGAGAAAGCCCUUUUCUCAGUAACCAUCGGCUCAAACGAUCUCAUAAACAACUACUUCACCCCCGUCGUCUCCUCCUUUGAACGCAAGCUCGUUCCUCCUCCUGUCUUUGUCGACGCCAUGAUCUCGCGACUCAGAUCUCAACUCACCAGGUUGUACGAAAUGGGUGGGAGGAAGAUCGUGGUGACGAACGUGGGACCGGUGGGAUGCAUACCCUUCGAGAGAGAGGUUGAUCUGACGGCUGGGGUUGAUCGAUGCGCUGCUCAGCCCAACCUCAUGGCUCGUAUGUAUAACCUUCGUCUCCGAAGCCUCGUCGAGGAGCUCAAUUCCAAUCUACGAGGUGCAACGUUCGUGUACGCCGACGUUUUUCACAUCGUUUACGAUAUUCUCGAAAAUUACGCUUCAUACGGAUUUGCGAGCGAGAGAACGCCGUGUUGCGGAAUCGCAGCGGGGAAAGUGGGAGGGCUAAUACCAUGUGGACCCUCGUCGACUAUAUGUACGGACAGAUCGAAGUACGUGUUCUGGGAUCCUUACCAUCCCUCCGAUUCCGCUAAUCUCAUAAUCGCUCGCCGUCUGCUCUCCGGCUCCUCUGACGACGUUUUCCCCUUCAACAUCCGACAGCUCGUGGAUCUGUAACCCAGUGUUCUUUUUUUAUUUGCUACGUUUUCUUGAUUUCUGGACCAUAUCCUUUUGUUAAUUAGAGGAAAUUAAUAGAAGGUUAGGUAGUCGUGAUUCAGCCAAUUCAUUUUCAGUCAUUUAAGAUAUUACUCCGUUUUGUCAAAAUUUAUUAUUGUGUUGGGAACUUUAUGUGACUGUGAUCUAUCUAA